AUCCUGGAUGGCUCUCGACCAACCUGGGUAUCCUGACCUGCAUCGAGUGUUCAGGUAUCCACCGAGAGAUGGGGGUCCAUGUCUCCAGGAUCAAGUCUUUAAGUCUGGACAGUCUGGGGACCUCAGACCUGUUGUUGGCCAGGAAUGUUGGUAACUGUGGUUUUAACGAAAUACUGGAGGCAAAUCUUCUGAGUCCGUCUCUGAAGCCGUCCCAAGACAGUCACAUGGCAGAGCGGAAGGACUACAUCCUGUUGAAAUAUCAGAACGUUCAUUUUGCGAGGCGGAGCCACAGCUCCGCUGCAGCGCUACGUGCCGGCCUGCAGGAGGCGACCAAGAACUGCAACAUCUACAGUCUGAUCCAGCUGUAUGCUCAGAGGACAGACCUGACCCAGCCACUGCACUCACACAUACAGGAGAAGGGGGAGAGUGCGCUCCACCUUGCCGUCCUUUUGGCCGACAGAACUUCACUGCACAUCCUGGAAUUUCUGGCUCUAAACUGUGCCAAUGUUGACGUUCAGACAUCAUCAGGGAACACAGCGCUGCACUACAGCUGUCUGCACAACAAGGUCGACUGUGUGAAGCUGCUGCUGAGAGCCAGAGCCAACACACACAUCAAGAAUGAGUUAGGAGAGACCGCUCUCGACGUAAGCCGCAAGUUAAAGCACAACCACUGUGAGGUGCUGCUGCAGCAGGCCCAAUCCGACCAGUUUGACCACCACGUUCAUGUGGAGUACGAGUGGCGGCUCCGUCACGACGAUCUCUACGAUAGUGAUGAAGAGUAUGAUGACAAGAAUGGCCCAGUGAAGAAGGAGCGCACCUUGUCCUCCUCUUCAUCUUCCUGCACCUCCUUCUCCUUCGCCUCCCGUCCCUUCAGCUUCAGUCAGUCCAUGUCCAUCACUCCGCCCUCCUCUGGGGCAACAGGAGGAGCAGGUCUGCUCAGCGUGGGCAGGAGGCUCGCCAUGGCCAUGGACCUCCACAGUCGCACCUCUGGCUCUGUUCCAAGUCCACCUCCACCUCCUCCGUCUUCCCCUGCACCCCCGCUGCCACCCAGGGUCAAAGCUCCCAAUGUUCCUCCUCCUCCCCCUCCUGCUGGGGGGGAGGGGUUGGGUGGGGAGGAGGAGGAAGUAGGGGAGGUCUUCUUCCCCCUGACAGGAAACAGAAAGUCAACCCCUGCUCCUCCAAAUGUCAUCCAACACAAGAGGAGCUGCUCCGAGUCCAGCUCACAUGAUUACGGGUUGCCAACCAGCCCCAGGAUCUACAGUGGUCCAGACUCCUCCUUUAAGAAGU